AGCAAGAUUUGGACGACCUGAUGCAUUCGUUAUUAUGGAGAUGGACAAGAUUAAACAGCUUUCGAAACUUUCUGAUAAUCCUCGUGAUAUUUGUAUUUUUUCAAGCAACAUAGUCAACAUUGUAACAGUCAUAAAGGCUUUAAAGAAGGAGUACUACUUGUUUAACCCGGAAUCUGUGAGAGCUGUUGUGGAGAAGAUGACACCGACCUUGAGGUACCGUUGGUAUGACUACGCUGCGGGGCGACCUGAGGAAGAGGCGGACUUAGUUAAAUUAUCUUCUUUCUUUUCCCGCGAGGCGGACCUUUGCAGUCGGUAUGCUCAAGUUGAAAAUGUUAAUCACUCGUCAUCACAAAGAAGACCGUUUGUAACAAAUGUGGCAUCUACUACUGUAACAUCUAGAACGUCUAUAACACCAAAGAAACAGAGCUGUGAAUGUACUGUCUGUCAUAAUUUACAUCACAUAAAAGACUGUAAACAGUUAAUGGAUUUGCAGAGUAAAUGUAGAUGGGAGAAGGCUAAAGAUUUGAACCUGUGUUUUAGAUGUUUAGGACGUCGCAAUCAUCGUCAUAGGUGUUCCUAUGAGCCGUGUGGGAUCGGAGGCUGCAAGGCGUCUCAUCAUUCACUUCUGCAUUUUUCAGCGUCUCCCUCAGAGACGCCAGUAGAACCAGCAGGAAAAUCAGCUGUUGUAGCUGCGACUCGACAGAAAGUUGGUAGAGCUUUGUUGAAGAUUGUGCCAGUAAGAUUGAGAGGUCCCAAGGGGACCAUGACUACAUUUGCAUUGCUUGAUGAGGGGUCAUCGGUCACUCUUAUAGAAAAAAAAGUUGCUUCUGAGAUUGGACUUACAGGUCCAGAAGAGUCUUUUAUUAUUGAAGGGGUAGCAGGAGCACGUACGGAGGCUUCCAGUUCAAGGAGAGUGAGUCUCUAUAUUAAUGGUGUUCACACGGAUAAGGAGCAUAAAAUAGAAGCACGAACAAUAGAUAGUUUGAAUCUUAAUCACCAAUCGGUGGAUGCAGAUAUGAUAGAAGGUUGUGAUCACCUUCUGGAAAUAACCGAGGAUCUUACAUAUGAUCGAGGUACACCUACUCUUCUUAUUGGCCAGGACAACUGGCAUUUGAUUAUUUCGAGGAAGAUAAGAAGUGGUGGGUGCAGAGAUCCAGUUGCAUCAUUAACAGAAUUAGGUUGGGUAUUGCACGGGCCUACUAAGGGGACUGGAAAAGUUAGUGUAUUAAAGCUCGUAAAUCAUAGUGAAGAAGAGGAUGAAAAGAAUGAAAAUAAAUUAGAAGAUUUGUUCAAACAGUUUUUAAGUAUAGAUUCACUAGGAAUCGAACCAAAACGUCCAAAAAAUGAUCCAGAGGAACGCGCGUUGUCAUUAUUAAAGAGCUACAGCCACCGUCUUCCUGAUGGACGUUUUGAAUCGGGGUUGCUGUGGCGCAAAGAAGAACUGGAGUUACCAGAAAAUAGAGAGAAUGCUUUAAGAAGAUUGAUAGCGAUUGAGAAGAAAUUAGAUAAAAAUCCUAAGCAGAAGAUGGAGUAUAAUGCUCAAAUUGAAUAUCUUUUAGAAUGUGGCUAUGCUGAGGAGGCCCUACCUUCGUCUCGUUCUGGCCGCACUUGGUACCUACCACAUUUUGCUGUGAUUAAUCCAUCAAAACCAAAACCGCGAAUCAUUCUGGACGCUGCUGCUAAAACGAAUGGGAUAUCCUUGAAUGACAUGUUACUUACCGGACCAGAUCUGUUACAAUCGCUACCUGGAGUUUUGAUGCGCAUGACAAAGACCAAUUGCUGUGUCAGGAGAUAUUCGUGA